AAAAACACCUAAGGUGGUGGUGGUAAAUCUAUGACUGAGGUAGUGUUUGCUCAGGUUUCGCAUGUGAGGCUCUAGGGAUAAUCGCUUCCUAUGUGCGUCAGCCUGCUGCCGCCUUUAGUAGCAAGUUUGUGAGCGGCUUCUCGGUGUGUCAACAGGCAUCUGCACCCGCUUCCCUUGUGUUCUUCCCCUUCUUAAAAAUCUCCUUUUUUUGGUGAGAGGUGUUCCCAGCAUGGCCUUGAGUUGUGUUGCAGCUGGGAAAGUUUGGGGGGGGGGGCCUGGAGAUAAGUUGCUGUAGGAGCAACUGGAGCUGCUGUUCGGCCUCCACCCUGAAUCCCCAGGGGUCCUUUUCUGUAGUGCAUAUGAGCUGUUUCUCCCGCUGCAGGGUGGAGGAAUAUGAAAAGGGUGCUCUCUGCCAGCACCGAAGUCGGUGUUGACUUCCGGGGAGACUUGCUUGUGCGAGGGAUUCACGAUUCUUCCAGUGCAUGUGACUUUUUUCUGUCUGGAGCUGGAGCAUCUGAAAUAGUGUUUCCAGUAUGUGAAGUCACGUUGUCAAGAGGAAGAGCAGCACAAACUGUUCUCUCCCUGCUGUUGGUGAUUCAUGGAGAAAGGGAGGGACGUUGCAAACUCUUCCACAAAUGUAGUCAGAAGUACCGUUUGGGCUCGCUGGGAGACUUUUGCACCGGUAGUCCUGGUAGAUAAGAAAGUGUGGCUGUUGGCACCGGAAGUGAAAUUCUCAUACUUAAGUUAUCUCCAUUUAUUAGUGGGAUUUCCUGUCUCACCUGAGGGUUUUCUGGUAAGGUUAAACCUCUGGGAGGGGAGGAAGUUUAUUGCCAGGGUGUAAACAUAAAGCUUCAGAGCUGAAGGAGAAGGCUGUGGCACAGCUGCCUGGUCUGAAAAGAGGGAAUAAGGUGAUAUCUGAGCUGCCUUAAGUCACUCUUCUGUUGCUUAGUUUGCUUUGCUGUCCUUUUCCAGUGCCUGCUUUGCUGAACUUUUUUGCUUCCCAGUGCCUAUGUGGGGCUAAUACCUCUGUAGCCAGGCAGAGGAAUGCUGCUGCUGCUUCUGGUGGGGCCAGUUAAACUGCGUUGCUGCUGAAGUGAUUAGAUCACACUGUACGCAGCAGGUCAGCCAAGGCUUGAGGCUUGGAUUUUUGCACCCUUUAAAAGUAUUUUUGUCCUUCAAGCCUGUAUUCAUGGGAGCUGGCUUGCUGCUGCUGCGUGCACCAGGCUUUGCUUCAGUAACAAGGCAUCCCCUUAUCUCGGGCCAGCCUUGCCAGUCCCAUUGGCCUUUUUAUAGUAGGAUAGCUGGUGACUGGCAUUCCUCAACUCUUGUGAUGAACUUGCUGUGUGUCUAUAGCAUGCUGGCAUGGUCAGCCUGAAAUCAGACUGGGAGCAUAAAUAAAAUGGACCCAAAAUUAAGCCUUUUGGAGAAAUGGAGGUUAAAGAAGAUCCUCUGUGGGCGGCAAAGGAAUUUGCAGACAAGAACUGUUUGGGGGAUGUAAGUGUCCCCUUAGCCUGCCGAGAGCGAGUUUCCUCUUGUUUGACCCCAGGAAUUGGAAUGGCUGGUGUACUGCAGAACUGAGCAGACUUAGAGCAUGUGUGCUCUGCACCCAAAGCUGGUAUAAGCCGGUGUGGCUACUGAAAGAAGCAGCCCUAGCUGCUUGUUCCUGUUCCUGCAGUUGCCCUGCCAGCUCGAAGCAUUUGUUCUGUGAUCUAGGGCAAGGAUCUGACCCAGGUUGAAGCUACUCUCUUCUUGGCCGGGUUAGUUUUUAACCUGAUAGCUUUCAUGAUUGCCUCUGCGUGGCUGCGCCAAUGAAGAGAACUUAAGUGCCAGCUUAGGUCAGCUUUAGGCAUGGCAAACAAUCUUAAAUUAAUUGGGUACUUCUGUCUUAGUUGAGUUCAUUUUGCUUCUAACACUUAACAAAACUGUCAGUUGAGCUUGUUUGCUGCUUGACUAUGAGCCCUGGCCAACAGUAUCGCUUUGGGAAUUUAUAUGCCAGUUCAUCCUGAGCUUGUCCGUGUUGUGAAGUUGGCAUGGCAGCCCUGAAACUUAGUAUGGUUAUAGUAAGGCAAAGGGAUCUUAAAAGGACUUUCUCAUAGUUGGCUGAUCUGAGCAAGAGAGGUAAAACUGGGCAGCUGCAGAGGAGGAAUGUGGAGAGCAUUGCCAGCUUUCUAGCCAAGACUAAUUUUGCAUCUUGCUGUGAAGGAUGUGUGGGGCAAAAACAUGUUUUGGAAAUGGCCUGUGAGAACUGGAGCUUGAGUGUUCAGCUGUACUACUUUAGGGGGAGAUGGGGUUGCCAGGUAUGUUUAUCCUUCAGAUACUCAGUGGGGAGUGGUUCUGUGCUGGUGCUCGGGCCCAGUGCUGCAAGGGACUGUUUGUACUAAAUUAUCAGGUAGAGGUGACUGCUGUGUGCAGUUUGUGUUUGGUAAAAUGUUACAAGUCUCAUCAGUGGCCCUGCUCUCAGAUCCUAGGAUUGAGCUCCCCUGCUUAGAGACCUCUGUAGGCAGGUGAGGCCACGUUUUUUGUGUGGAGAUUGUUACUGGGAAUGGAUGAGUCCUUUGAAGGCAGGUUUUCCAGCAUCUAGGGAAGAUUUAUUAUAGGUGAGAGACCUGAAGGGGAUAAAACCAGACGACUUUGGCCUUUUCAGUAAAGCUUAAUGUGGCUCUUUUGAAAGGUUUUGAUGCCUUGCACAUGAAACAUUUUGAUGCAACCUCAUGGUUCAACCUGUUAAUGCUUCUUAGUGGAGAAGACGGACCUUAGCUGCAGUCAUGUGAUGUGAUGUUGUAGUGGUAACAUACUGCAUAGCCUGUACUGAACUGUGGUUAGGACUGCACCCUUUAUGGAGUCUGACCCUGGGCCCUCACAAAGUAUUUGGCUUUAAAAUUUUUCAUGUCCCUUAAGUAAAGGGACAAGGAGACCUUCAUACAUGCCUGCUGCUUUGAAGUGUUAGUCACUCAGCCUGAUGUCAACUUGAUAGGUUAUGCAGCUUGACUUAAGAUGACUCAGCUGAGUUUAUGAUGACAGCUUCUGAGUGUCUCUUGGUAGGUGAAGGAGCUGGUUCUUGAUAACUGCCGUUCGGAUGAUGGGAAGAUUGUUGGGCUCUCCUCGGAUUUUGAGAACCUGGAGUUCCUCAGCAUGAUCAACAUCAACUUGCUGUCUGUCUCCAAUCUCCCCAAGCUUAACAAACUCCGUAAGCUGGAGCUGAGUGAUAACAGGAUUUCUGGUGGCCUUGAAGUUCUAGCAGAGAGAACUCCUAACCUGACACACUUGAAUCUAAGUGGCAACAAGAUCAAAGACAUCAAUACCCUGGAGCCCUUGAAAAAGUUGCCAAACCUGCAUAGUCUGGACCUCUUCAACUGUGAGGUGACAAUGCUGAUCAACUACCGAGAGAGUGUAUUCACCCUCCUGCCUCAGCUCACCUACCUAGAUGGGUUUGAUGCUGAUGACCAGGAAGCCCCUGACUCGGACCCUGAAGCAGAUGGGGAUGGACUAGAAGAUGAAUAUGAGAAUGGGGAAGGUGAGGAAGAAGAUGAUGAGGAGGAGGAAGAUGAUUUGGAUGAAGAAGUCAUUGAUGAUGAAGAGGAUGAAGAUGAUGACCUGGAAGGUGAAGAGGAGGAGGAUGGAGUAGAUGAUGAGGAGGAAGACGAGGAAGAAGACGGUGAGGAGGAUGAAGAAGAUGAAGUUGAUGAUGACCUUCCGCGAGGAGAAAAGAGAAAACGAAAUCUAGAGGAUGAAGGAGAGGAAGAUCCAGAAGACGAAGAGGAUGAUGAGGAUGACUGAUCCCAGCGAGCCAAUCAGUUUUACAGACUAUGACUGUGCUUGUCUGAACCUCCCCGUUGUGUCUAUGUGAGACUGUAAAUCCCCGUCUCCCAGUCCUCCCCCCUUUGUAUGGCUGCAGCGUCCACAAUAUAUUUUUUUAAGAUGUAGAAUACUGUAGGCAUUCAGGGGAAUCUUCCAUACAAGGCUCACUUUCUCACAAGUAUCUCAUGACCAAAGGCUUUCUCCGUUCUGUGGUUUGUGCAGCAGUUUGCAAAAAAAAAAAACAAAACAAAAAACAAAAAAAAUUCUCCUAGGGUAUCUUUCGUGUCUGAAAUCAGCCUUGCCACACACUGGACCCAGAGCUCCAGCUCGCCACCCUGCUUGACAACUAAGAAGGCGUGUUUGCUAUCUGCAUGCCCUCAGACCAGCUUUCUGAAGACGCUUGAGCCAUCUUGAGCAGUGGGUGCAAAUCUGGUUCAUCUAAAUGGACUCAAAGUAGAUGAUCACUGAGGUCUCUCUGAUCAGAAAUAAUGGUGAUGUGAUCUCUGGAGAUGCUUGAAGAUACUUUAGUGCUGGGGAUGUGGGGUGCCUGGGUCUAUGGGGGGUGGGUGGCUGCUUGCAAGACCUGGUACCUCUGAUGAUGCACCUUGCAGUAACCCUGUACUUGCAUUCCUAUUUUUUAUAAACUGGAAUAUUUUUUCCUGUUG